AGUGGUUUGUACCUUGAGUAAUUUGUGUCAGAAUGGGUGUACCCUCAGUAAUACUUCAUUAACUGUGAAAAAGCUCUAAUUUGUUGCAUUUAUUUUUUCAUAAUAGUUUAAAAAUAAGUUUUGUCAGUUAUUUUUUUUUUACAUACGUACUCUAGGCUUUACUUACUCUCCAUUUACUUAAUCUAGGCAUAUCCGAUUUCAUUUUUUUCUUAAAAACAUGGGCUUGGUAUUUAAAAUGGCUCUGUUUCUUGUGCCAUUCCUGUUAUUUAUUCAAGCGGUUGUGUCUCAAAGGACGCCGACUAUAUCCCAUAUAACUCAGGAGCAGAUCAAAGACAUCGGUGGUGUCGUCGAUUUGAAAUGCAGCGUUCAAUACGCUCAGGAUUACCCAGUGCUCUGGAUCAAACUCAGCCCGGGGAGGGUUUUGGACAAUCUGCCCAUCUCUACGACCAGCUCCCUCAUCAUCAGAGAUAGCCGUUUUUCCAUCAGGCACGACAAAUCCAGUUCCACUUAUACUCUACAGAUUAAAGAUAUACAAGAGACAGAUGCUGGUAUAUACCAGUGCCAAGUGAUUAUUGCUAUCAAUAACAAAAUAACUGCAGAAGUUUUGCUUCAAGUACGCCGUCCACCUGUUAUAUCUGAUAAUUCUACUCGUUCCCGUGUAGUUAGUGAAGGACAAAAGGUCGAACUAGCAUGUUAUGCCAGUGGUUACCCCGCACCAACCAUAUCUUGGAAAAAAGAAAACAAUGCUAUUUUACCAACUGGUGGAGCAAGAUUCAAGGGGAAUGUCCUUACAAUUCGGUCUGUCAAAAAAGAAGACAGAGGCACAUAUUAUUGUGUCGCCGAAAACGGCGUUGGAAAGGGAACAAGGAGAAAUAUCGCUGUUGAAGUAGAAUUUAGACCUGUUAUCACUGUUCCAAAGCCUAGAUUAGGGCAAGCGCUGCAGUACGACAUGGAUCUUGAGUGCCACGUAGAAGCUUAUCCUCCUCCAGCGAUAGUUUGGAUCAAAGAUGAAGUACAAUUAUCAAAUAAUCAACACUACAGUAUUUCACACUUUGCCAAUGCUGAUGAAUUCACCGAUACGACUCUAAGAGUAAUUACAAUUGAAAAACGUCAGUACGGAACUUAUAUUUGUAAGGCAAUUAAUAAAUUGGGAAGUGCUGAAGCAAAAAUGGAAUUAGUCGAAUCUUCAAUCCCUGUGUGCCCUCCUGCAUGUGGUCUAGCUCAAUACAGCGGAUCAACAAAAACCACCAGUACUCCAUGGUACCUUGCUACGCCAAUUUUUCUUUUCUUCUUCAGAAAUGUCUAUGCCUGAUGUUAAUUAUCCAGGUCUUCUGUCAAAUUCAGUAAACAACAGGAAUUUCCAAGCAGUUGUAUUGGUGUUAAAUGUAUUUAGUAUUUUAAUAUCAUAAAUUUUUCAAUCAAAAAUGAAAUCAUGAGUAUGAAAUGUUUGGAAGCAAAAUGGAACAAUUUAUUGGUUAAAUUUUAGAAUCAUUACCUCAUGAAAUUAACAUAAUGUUCAUCAAGCUAUAGUUGAAAUGUAUUGCAAAAUCACUGGUAAUACUUUGCACAUUCAUAAAACUUCAGAGGAUUUUACUUAUUUACCGACACUUUUUUUGGAGAGAGAAAAAAAUACUCAUUAACGAAAUUGAAUCCAUCCAUACAUGCUAGUUGUAAUGUAACAAAGUCACAUUGUGUAUAUUGUUUAUACAUAUCACUAAAAUAAUAUAUGGGCUUAUCUGUGUGUAUAGUCUUGUCAUGUCUUGUACGUGUAUUUAUAGAUUUAUAUUUUUUACAUUUUUAUAAAAUUUGUACACUUUUCCUUUAGAUAGCAAUGAAAUAAAAUAAAAAAUACAUAUUGCUUUCAUUAUAUUUUAUAUUUUUAGAUGUGUAUUCUAUUUGUAUAAUUUAUUUAUAAUCAUUUUUAAAAUUUUCAUUAAAAUCAUAUUAAAUUUUUGUUCAAUCAAAUUUCAUUGUUUUUGAAGUCAUUUAGGUAUUUUAAUUACGUUAAGCGCUGUUUGACAAUAAAUACAUUAUUUUCAAUAAUCCCUUGUGACUUUAGAAAGCUCACGUGCACACAUAUUUAU